AUGGCUAAAAAUACCAGUAGUUCCGCAUUUCGAAAGAUUGAUGUCGAUCAAUACAAUGAAGACAACUUCAAAGACGAUGAACAAGAAAAUCAACAAUUGAGUGGAAUUGAUGAAGGAGCAAUAAAUCAACUUUUACUUCAACAAAAAAAUGUCGAUGCAUUGAAGAUUUGUCUUGAAAACGCCCCGCUUCUAAGCAAAAACCAACAGCUCAAAGAUCAAGCACUUCAAAUUACGCUGCGAGUGAUGUUAUCAAUAAAACCAUCACAAAUUGAUACUUGUCUUGAUACUCUUGAUCCAGACACCACCGACACAUUAAUGAAAUAUAUUUACCGAGGAUUCGAAUUUCCAUCGGAUGGCUCAAGUGGACAUUUAUUGCAAUGGCAUGAAAAAGUAUUUAGCAAAUCAGGAGUUGGUUCAAUUGUUCGUGUACUCACAGACACAGCAAGGGCGUAG